AGGUUGGAGACCUAAGGGAGCUGCAAACGCUGGACAUUUCAACCAAUCGUUUGAUAACAUUACCUGAAAGGCUGCAUAUGUGCCUUUCGCUGCAGUACUUGACUGCAGACCGAAACCACCUGUGGUAUGUUCCCCGCCACCUGUGCCAACUACCAAGCCUCAAUGAGCUCUCCAUGGCUGGAAACCGCCUUGCAUUUUUGCCACUUGAUUUAGGUCGUUCCCGGGAGCUACAAUAUGUUUAUGUGGAUAACAAUAUUCAUCUGAAAGGCCUCCCAUCUUAUUUGUAUAAUAAAGUGAUUGGUUGCAGUGGUUGUGGUUCUCCAAUUCAACUUUCAGAGGUGAAACUGCUCUCUUUUUCAUCGGGCCAGUUAACUGUGUUCCUGCCAGCAGAGGUGAAAUCUAUAGGGACGGAAACAGAUCAUGUGCUGCCUUUGCAAGAACUGGCUAUGAGGACCCUCUAUAACACCUACUACAGGUUUUUAAAAGAUUUGAACUUUCUGACUCCAAUCUCACUACCCAAAAGCCUCUUGGAAUUGCUGCACUGUCCCUUGGGACACUGCCACCGCUGCAGCCAGCCUAUGUUUACCAUUGUCUACCCAAAGCUCUUUCAAUUGCAUCAAGGGAGGACAGCUGUUAGUUUUGUGGCAUACUGCUGCUCCACCCAGUGUCUGCAGACUUUUGACCUACUGAGUUGA